AUGGCCGACGCUUACGUGGUGGUGCAGCUUGCAGCCACCUUCGACGAGCCUGCCGUCUACGUGCCGCGGGACGCCGGCGAGCUCAUGGCGCUUUCGUGGUGCACCGUGGACGCCAGGACGCUUGAAACGCUGGCGCGUCAGUCCAUCUUGGUGAGGCCCCUGGGCACGCCCGUGACGCCCGCCUGUGCGCUGCGAUACAGCCUCCUGUGGGACGACGUGAAGGACGGCGCCACGUUCAAGGCCGCCAUGGCAGAGUUCGACCGCAGGCUCACGGCCCAAGUCGCCGGGAAAGACUUCCUGUUUGUCUCCGUGGACGUGCCCGGCUUGCGGGUGCUGCUCCCGCGCGAGGCGCGCGACAAGGCCGUGGUGUUGCCGGGGUACUUGCAGCAUCCGCGGGUGUUUGACUUGUGCAACGAGUACUCGAAGUGGCAGGCCGUGCACCCGGAGGCGUUGAGCUACCCCAGCUCCAGCUUGGCCAACGUCAUCACGGCGCUCGGCGUCGACGUGGGCCCGGCCUGGGCCGACGAGUCGCCGGACGCGUAUACCGUGGCCGUCGACGUGCACGCCAAGAUCUUGGCGCAGCUCUUGCAGAAGUCCGUGCCCGUGGAGUCGCACCCCGCGGUCUUGACCCAGCCAUACGACGCCGCGCUCGACGCCAAGAUCUUUCUAGCGGAGCGCUCCAAGAUCUUGUAUCUCUGCAACUUGCCGGCCGACACCACGCACUCCGAGCUCGAGGCCUGGUUCGCGCAGGCGGGCGGCCGGCCCAUCGCGUUCUGGACGUUGAAGAACCUGGAUUCCGACGCCCGGCUCGGCCUGCAGGCCGCCGGGGCCAAGGCAAAGGCCGUCUGCGGCUUCGCGGUCUUCUCGAAACACGAAGAAGCGGCUGAAGCCUUGUACAUGAACGGGCGCGUCUUGAUGGACAGAGUGGUCGAGGUGCAAGCGUCCUCGACCAGGGUCCUUGACCGCGCGUCCUCCCUCCUCACGCCCUUUCCCCCGCUGAAAAACCGGCCCCGGCCGGGUGACUGGACGUUUCUCUCGUGCGGCUUCUCCAACUUCCAGCGCAGAAUCGCGUGUUUCCGGUGCUCCUUCCCUGCAACACAAUCUUAUGCGGGCUCGGGUGGCUACCAGGACCAGUACCAAGGGAACGGUCUCAAAAACGGGAACCCCUACAACUCCGGGUACAGCCAUAACUUCAACCACAGCCACGGCGGCACUAGCCAAAGGUCUCACUACUCCAACCAGGUUCCGUUCCGUGCCGGGGACUGGAAGUGUGCAAACGAGUCUUGCCAGUAUCACAACUUCGCAAAGAACUUGUGUUGUUUGAAGUGCGGGGCCUCGAAGCCCGCA